CCCUGUCCCCUGUCCCUGGGACACAGCGGAUCACCGAUCAGCCUUUCACGCUGUGCCCUGAUGAUCAGUGCCACAUCAUUACCACAUAUCAGUGCCUACCAGUGCACAUCAAUGCCACAUAUCAGUGCCCAUCUUAGCUGCCUUUCAGUGCCGCCUAUCAGUGCCAGUCAGUGCCGUAUAUGAGUGAUGCCUGUCAAUGCCCAUCAGUGCCACCUACCAGUGCCUCCUCAUCAGUGCAGCCUAUCAGUGUCCAUCUAUGCAGCCUCAUUAGCGCACAUCAGUGAAGGAGAAAAAUCACUUAUUUACAAAAUUUUAUAA